UCAGCAGGUAAACACAAAACCCUGACAGGGGAUGUUAUCAGCGGCUGGACUCUGGGUUUAUAUAAACGCUCCUGGGACUGAUACAAGCCAGGCUUUGUUAACAGGCUUUCCUCUUCCACUUGCUGAGCAGAUCUAUCCUCUUUGGUCCAGGAUGCGGCUGCUGUGCUCUGUGGUGUUCUUUGUGGCUCUGCUGCAUCUGUCCUCCUCCCUCCUGCUGGGGGCCUUCAACAUCAAAGCAUUUGGGGACACAAAAGCCUCCGACUCGAAUCUGAUGAACAUCAUUACCAAGAUUGUCCGUCGCUAUGACAUCAUUCUGAUCCAGGAGGUCAGAGACAGCGACCUUUCAGCAACCAAAAAAUUAAUGGACUAUGUCAACAAAGCUUCUUCUGAUUACCGCUACAUUGUGAGUGAGCCUCUGGGUCGCAGCACCUACACAGAGAGAUACCUCUUCCUUUACAGGCAUGCAAGUGUGUCGGUGGUUAAAAGCUACACCUAUGAUGAUGGCUGUGAGUCCUGUGGGACAGAUGCUUUCAUCAGGGAACCUUUUGUUGUCCAGUUCUCAUCCAAAUAUACCGCCUCUAGCAGCUUCACUCUGAUCCCCCAGCAUACCUCUCCAGACUCGGCUGUGAAGGAGAUCAAUUCUCUCUACGACGUAGUGGUCGAUGUCCGCAAUCGGUGGAACACCAAUAACAUUGUGCUGCUGGGGGAUUUCAACGCAGGCUGUAGUUACGUGACGACCUCCGAGUGGCAACAGAUCCGGCUCUUCACAGACAAGACCUUCCACUGGUUGAUCCCAGAUACGGCUGACACCACCGUCGGCCAGUCUUUCUGCCCUUAUGAUAGGAUUGUGGUCACGACUGACAUGAAUAAGGGAGUGGUACAGGGCAGCGCAAGAGUUUAUAACUUCAUGGCUGACAUGAAUCUCAGUAGCAGUGGGGCACUGGAUGUUAGUGACCAUUUCCCAGUGGAGGUGAAGCUGGCCUGAGAUGUCUUGCUGCCUGAAUCAUGACUCACAGCUGAGAAGAGACUCAACAAUCAUGGACUCAUGAAAUUAAAUACU